AUGAGAAUCAGCCAACAAAUUGUGAAGGGAAAGAAACGAAGGGAAUUUAUUGAGAAAUGGAUCAAUGGAGUUCUCGAAGCUGGCGUUGCCACGCUGAUUCAAGAAUUCAAAAUGACGCCUUUCGAAGUGCCGUUGGACGAAUGCACGUAUUUCCUGAAAAAUCCCGACAAAAACCGAUAUCCGAACGUCGGAUGCUUGGAUCGAACCCGAUUCGUGCUGCAAGGCGACGACAAUUUUUAUAUUCAUGCCAAUUAUGUCAAAAUCUGUGAUCGGAAGAAUCGAUUCCUGUGCACCCAGGGGCCGUUGCCGUCAACGGUAAACGAUUUCUGGCGAAUGACGGUGUCGGCGGGCGCGGAAUUUAUCGUGAUGCUUUGUGCUUUGAUUGAAAAUGGCGUAUCAAAGUGCUACAAGUAUUAUCCGGAUCCUGGUGAAGAAGUCGAGACGGAAAACUUCAAAAUUUCGAAUGAAGGCGCCGUUGAAUUACCUACACUGUCAGUGCAAAGCAAGGAUCGCGUAAUUCAGCAAAAAUUUAAAAUUUUUGUGAAAAAUGAGAAUCGCGCGGUUCGUGUGUCGCACGUUCAGUGGUCGAAUUGGCCGGACCACGGUCUUCCCGAUUCGUGCGAAACACCACUUCGAAUUCUAUCCCUAAUUCGGAAGUCAAUGCAACCCAUCAUUGUUCAUUGUUCAGCUGGUGUCGGAAGGACGGGUACCCUUGUGUUCGUCGAAUCACUGAUCAUGGCUCUUCGGUAUCCAAAGAAGCAGAACCCGAAGAAUGCGUUCGUGCAGCUUCGAAAAGACCGAGCCAAGUGUAUUCAGACACUCCAUCAAUUCGUGUAUGCGCAUCGUUGUGUUCUUGAAUAUUGUUUUAGUAAAAAGCAUAAGAAGAAUGAAGAGAAAUGGGAGAAAUUCAAGGAGGAUUACGCGCAGUUCAUGUCAAAAAAGAAAAAGAACGACAAUAAGGGGAAAAAGAAGAAAUGCAGUGCUUCGCUAUCGGCUGACGAAAUUAUUGAUCCGAACACGGCUCUUACGACGACGACGACGACGACGACGACGACUGUCGCAAACAGCACCACUCCGUCUCCAAGCCCUAGUGUGAAGGUUAACGUUGAUGAGACAGCGGAAAUUGCAAAUCCAAGUAAAGGCUUAUUGGUCAAAGAUGAAGCUGAGCAAACACCUGAUAACAGUGCGAGCAGCAAUACGCCGUUAAAAGCACCACAACAACCGACUGAUUCUCCGUUUCCAGACGGCGACAAAGAAAUUAACGACGAUGAAGAACCGUGCUCGAAUCUUGAUCCAAAUUAG